AUGAAUUCAUGCACAGAGAAUCCAGCGGAUCCAGACGAACGAGCUGAAGUGGCGAUCAAUACAAAAACUGGUGGAAGUUAUGCUGUUGUUCAAAAAUGGAUUCAUAAUAUGGAUAUGAUUCAGACAACAAAAGAUCACACCAAAGAAGGAUGGAUUGGUCGAACAUUGAAAGAUAGUGUGGAGUUGAAGAACAAACCAAUUACGUCUCAUGUCGCUAGAAUGGUUGGAUCUGCAGAUUAUGAUGCUCCAUCGAAGUACAAAAUAGUCCGACAAUCUCAACCGUAUGGAACUUUAUCAGGCGAUGCUGGUCUACUAUUUAUUGCAUAUGCAGCUGAUACAAAGAAUUUCGAUUUCAUGUUGGAUCGAAUGACUGGGGAUAGUGAAGAUGGAAAGAAUGACGAUGUAAUGCGUUUUACCAAAUGUGUCACUGGGAAUUAUUGGUAUUUUCCUAGUGUACCAGAAUUUGAUCGUCUAGUCGGCGGAGGUCUAUGGGGAUUUUGGCGACAAUGA